AUGCGGGGCGUGCGGCUGGCGUCGUUUGGCGAGGGCGACCCGCACUCGCGGCUCGAGGUGCGCGACGACCUGCUCGUGCCGCCGCUCAACCCGUCGACCAACGACGUCCUGGUGCGGGUCGAAGCCACCAGCGUCAACCCGAUCGACCUGGCCAUGCGCAAGGGCUACGCCCGCAAGAUCCUCUUCCGCGCCCGCGCCAAGGAGAGUCCCAUGACCCUCGGCUUCGACUGCGUUGGCACGGUAGUGCAGACGGGCAAGAGUGCGUGGAGCUUCAAGGUGGGCGAUCGCGUGUGGGGCUCCACGUCGCUCUUCCGGGAUGGCUGCAAUGCCGAGUACGUCCUCGUUGAAGAGCCGGCGCUUGCCCAGGCGCCCGCCAAUCUGACCUCGGUCAAGGCCGCCGCGCUGCCCACCGCGGCUGUCGCAGCCUGGAAGGCCCUUGUCGAGUCUGGUCAGCUUGGCCCAGUCGGUUCUCCGUCCCCGCUCAACCCCAGUGCUACGACGGACAGGCAACGUGUGUUCAUCAACGGCGACAGCGACGGGGUCGGAGUGAUCGCUCUUCAGCUGCUCAAGCACUACGGCCACCACGCCAGCGCCGUCUGCUCGGCGCCCAACGUGCCCAAGUUCACCCAACUCAUCGACGCCGGCGGCGGUGAGGUGAUCGACCACACGCGCGAACCCGACUGGGCGGCGCGCCUGGCCGGUGAGGGCAAGGAGUACGACGUCCUGCUGGACACCGUGGGCACCGACGAGGCCGAGGCCCAGUGCGUCAAGCUCCUCAAGCGCGGGGGCAAGUACCUCUCCCUGCGCCCUCUGGUCCUCGAUCUGAUCCACGAACACGGACCCUUCAUGGGUGCGAUGAAAGGCUGGUGGAGCAUCGUGAAGAAGCAGGUGGAGAUGAAGAAGGAGAAGGAUGUGCUCGUCAACUACGUCACCUGCGGCCCCGACGGCAAGGUGCGCCGGCUCGUCGAGGAGGGCGUCAUCCGACCCGACGUCGACCGCGUGUUCGACGACCUCGCCCAGCUGCCCGAGGCCCACGCGCUGCUCGAGCGCGGCGAGGCCCGCGGCAAGGUCGUCAUCAAGGUCCAGGACCCGCUUACCGCCGCCGCGGCCGCCCACUGA